AUGGAGAGGGAAAAGCAGCAACAGUUGCAGCGAGAAGAACGGUCGCAGCAACAGCAGCAAAUAAUACAACAGAAUCAUCAUCAUCAGAGUGGAGGCGGAGGAUUGUUUCUGAAGGUGAUGACGGACGAGCAGAUGGAGCUUCUCCGUCGACAAAUAGCGGCCUACGCCAUCAUCUGCGAGCAGCUCGUCGAGAUGCACAAGGCCAUUUCCGCCCAACACGACCUCUCUGGAAUGAGGAUGGGGAGCCUGUACUGCGACCCACUAAUGACAUCCGCAAGCCACAAAAUCACAGCCCGGCAGCGGUGGACGCCAACCCCCUUGCAGCUCCAAAUCCUGGAGCGCAUGUUUGAGCAAGGCAACGGCACUCCCACCAAGCAGAAGAUCAAGGAGAUAACCGCUGAGCUAUCGCAGCACGGCCCCAUCUCCGAAACAAACGUCUACAACUGGUUCCAGAACCGUCGGGCUCGCUCCAAGAGGAAGCGGACGCUCGCCGUGUCACCCAAUGUCAACGCAGAGCUAUCGGAAGUCGAGACUGACGAUGACUCCCCAAAGGAUAAGAAAACCAGAAGCACCCAUGAUCACGCCGUCGGCCAUUCCAGUGACAACUCCGGCUCAGGACUGAGGUCUAGUGAGAAGAACAGGUAUUUCCCAGCUCAUGAUCAUCAGAUGAGUACUGAGAUGCAUUGCGUGGCUACGCAGCAGCAGCAGCCUAAUGCCGUCUGUUUGAGGAUGGAAAGUGGUGUUGAAUGCAAGUUGAGUCCCCAAUGCCUCCUGCAAGCUCCCCCAGAAUAG